AUGAGCACGUCCUCUGGAGACAGCGUUUUCCCCGAGCAAAAGCCUAGGCUCACAGGGGUGAAAGCUGCCCUUCAAUACACUGGAAUCCCUCCAUCAUGGCUUGACAAGCGUCCUAAACUACCCUCGCGCAACUGGCUCAUCUUCAUUGGUGUCACCUCCACGCUCACGGGCUACUACCUGUACGACCGCCAGCAAUGCAAGCGCAUCCGCCAGGAGUAUGUAGACAAAGUCAAGCACUUUGCGGAGAUACCACUCCAUAGCAUGGAUUACCCGCGCAAGGUCACCGUGUACGGAACAAAAUGGCCUGGCGACGAGGACUCUGACCGUAGCAUGCUCUUCUUCCGCAAGUACGUCAAGCCAGUCCUCGUCGCAGCCGCUGUUGAUUAUGAGAUGAUCAAGGGGAAGCGGCAUGGAGACCUUGCGAGGCGUAUCGCCGAGGACAUCAAAAAGCGACGGAGGAUCGAACUCGGUCUUGAACCGCCACCCGUCAUGCCGGUGGUUCUACCAAAUACAUCGGCCGAGGACAAGCGGCGCCGCGAGCUGGAGGGCGGUGUUGUCAUCGUGGGCCGCCUGACGUUCAAAGAGUUUAUGGCGGGUCUCAAGAGGGGCUGGACGGAGGGUCUGCAGACCGUGGACAGGGAAGAGGAACUUGCAAAGGAGUUCGAGUUGGACGGUAGGUUCGACGAACCUGAGCCCGAUGUUGAUCCCAUUCAGAGCAGCCCCGACUUGGAUGGCGAACCCAUCCCUACCCCGUCACGUCUUCCCCCCUCCAAGUCGUUCUCAGCUUUCACCCCUCCCCAUUUGCGAGGGUCCUCUUCCUCAGCUCUUCCCACAUCUGGAUCUUCUAUUCCUGCCGGGAUGGAUACACCGCCGACCGCCAUUCCGCCUCAACCGCCGAUCCUCUUCGUUCAUUUUGUCAACCAUAUCGGUCUGACCCAUAUUCCGUUGAUGAUAUGGGAAUUCUUCAACGAACGGCGCAAAGUGCGCGAGGGCGCGGAAGCAGCAUACAGGCUCAUCAUGGGGCACGUACGACCUUUCGUGUCGCCUCCGUCAGAGGGUGCGUCCGAGAGCUUCGACGCAGACCCGACCACUUCUCCACCGAGACCGCAUAUGUCCGAGCCUUCGAUUAGCGACCUCGACUUCGGCAAAGACGCGGAGGUGUGGUACAAAAAGUCGACUGUACGCUCAUUCAGGUCUGACAUCGAGAAAGCGCGCUCAGGAUACUACGCGUCGCUUCCGGCUAAGCUGGAGACGGCACGAGCCCUUGCCCGUCGCACACGCGAGCUGACAAAAGAGGAAGUCAACUAUCCGCCUCCAACCGAGGUUGAGUUGCGCUCUGAGAGGAUGAAAAAGGAGCUGCGUUGGAGAGCUGACGAGGAGGGUUGGGACAUCGUGAGUCCUGAUAGCCCGGUUGCGUGGGACCAGAGGUUCGCGGAUGCACUGCGGGUAUUCACGGACCCAGUCGCCGAGUUGCAGGCUAUCGGGGAGGACCAGCGCGAUGGUGACAGCAAGAGUGCACAAUAGAUUGGCUUAUCCGCCGCCCUAGCAUACAUACUACAUUCUUUGGGGUUACGAAUGCAUAUGGUACUGCUCA